AUGCGAAUUUAUUCAAAUUUAUUCAUUAAAAUUACUUCAUCAAUUUACUACUAUUUAACAUAUUCACUAUCGCCGACAUCCUCCUCCUCAUCCUCCUCGUCAUAUGUAUUCACAUCGAGAACAUCAUCAUCACCAUCCUCAUCAUUUAUUUGUUCAUUUUAUCUUAUAUUUUCGUUAAUCAACAAAUUCUUACUACAACAUUAUGUAGAAGCUGUACAAGGAUGUAGUAUAUUUUAUGAAUCCGAUUUUAAAUGGAAAAAAGCUUUAUGUGAUUCCGAGACUAAUAAACUUAAUCAAAUCCCCAUAGAUUUACCAAUUAAUUUAAUAGAAUUACGUAUUCUACAUCAAUCCAUUGUAAAAAUCAAACGAAAUUCAUUAAAUCAUUUAAUUCAUUUGGAAACUAUACAAAUUGAAUCAAGUCAAGUGAAACAAAUUGAAUCCGACACAUUUCGUCAAUUAAUUUCAUUGAAAUAUAUUAAUUUACGUAAUAAUUCAUUAAAAAUAGGAUCUAAAGGAUUUCCAGUGGAAUUGUUGUUGGAUUUACCAAAUUUACGUUCAUUAAAUUUAGCUGAAAAUCCAAUUGAUUUAAUACCCGAUGCAUUUUUUGAUAAUUUACAUGGUAGUAAAUUACAAUAUUUAUGGUUAAAUUCAGUGAAAUCAAAUGGAAUUACAUUUGAAUCGAAUUUGUUGAAACCAUUGACAUAUUUACGUUUAUUAGAUUUAAGUAAUACUGGAUUAACUAGUUUACAUAUGUCUAGUCAAUUAGCAUUAAAUAAUAUGAAUGAUUUAAAAGAAUUCUAUAUUGGUGGUAAUCCAUGGUUAUGUGAUUGUAAAUUAAGUUGGUUAAAAGUAUGGUUUUUACAAAAAUCAUCGAAAAAUUUACAAUUUAAACAAAAUAAAACUGAUCAUCAUGGUAAUGUAGAAAUUAAUGAACCAAUUUGUUUUAAACCAGAUAAAUUAAAAGGUAAACGUUUAUUCUCAACGGAUAAUCAAUAUACUUCGGUACAAUUCUCCGAUUUACAUUGUACACCACAAAUUUUUACAUCAAGUCAAAAUUUCACAUUUCAUUAUGGUAAAACAAUGCUUUUACGAUGUGAAUAUCAUUCAAAUAAAAUAGAUCAUCUUUUAUGGUAUAAAGAUAAUCAACUUGUACAGAAUACAUCACAACAAACUAUUAUUUAUGGUCAAUUAGGAUCGAAUUUUUAUUCGAAUCUAUUUAUUUCUUCUGCAUCAGGUGAACAUACAGGUUUAUGGAGUUGUUUGUUAAAUGAUCAAUAUCGUACGGUGUUUGGUGUGAAUAUAUUAAAUGCUGACGGUAAAAUACUUUAUCCUAGUGAUGAGAAUUCUUUAAUGCAUGGAGCAUUUGUGCUGCUUGGUAUUCGUGGUGAAACAAAGAAUUGGAUUUAUGCUGGUAUUGCAAUGGUUAUUUUAUUUGUAAUCUUAGCAUUAAUUGGUAUUGGGAUUUUUUGUUGUUGUGAACCACAUUCAAGGUCAUUAGAUACAUCCACGGAUUCACAAACAGUUGAUGGCGUGAAUAAGAAAAAUUGUUCUUUGCAUAAAUCAGGAUCUGUAUGUAGAUGUCGGUUUAAAUGCGUUGAUGGUAGUCGUCAUAAUCAUCAUCAUCACCGUAAUGUUAAUAAUAAGAGAAAGAAUAAUGUUAGUAAAGAUGAUUCAGUGAGUAGUCUGUUAAUUACAACUAAUGACGAACAGAAAAUUGUUGAGAAAAAUGAAUUACAAUUGACAAAUCAUGUGAAAGAUGAUGCAGUUUGUGUAAAUGCAAAUAAUAAUAAUAGUAAUCAUACACAGGUGACUACUACAACAAUGACUACUACAACUACGACUAUGACCAGUUUAGAUGUUAAUAUGAACAAUACAGAGACCGGUGUAAGUACAUCACCAAAAAGGAAUGUAGAAACAAAUCGUUUAUUGAAUAUUUUCUGUUGUCCUACAAAUGCAACACGUGAAGUGCAACUUGUCACUAUUCCUACACUGAAUACACCACCAUCCUCAUCCUCAUCACCAAACGAUACCCAUCUAGCUGGAGGAGCAUCACUUAUACAAGGAACAGUUACUAAUUGUGAAAAUCGUGUUCUUGUCACUUGUGAUAGUCCAGAACCAAAACUAUUAAUUGCUACGAAUGGAAUUAAACCUUCAUCAAAUAUUUCUUCAUUAAAUUUUUCCACUUGUUUACAACCUCAACAACAACAACCACUGAACAUGAUACCUCAACAAACUUUUACUGAAUGGAAUAAUACUAAUUGUUGUUAUCCAACUACAGAAUUUUCUGGAAUUUAUACAUCGACUCAUCAAAUCUCCAUUGAAACAUCAAAACCAUGUCCUGUACAUGGAAUGAUGAAAUUAAAACAAAUGGAAUUGAAUUAUGAUACAGUGCCAAAUACUACUAUUGAUAAUAAUAAUAGUAUGAAACCAUUGUCAAAUUAUCCAAAAAUUGAUUCAAUCUAUUGGGAUCAUUCAAAUAGUACAGCAAUAUUAACUAAUCCACAUAUUUCUUAUAAUUUACCAAAUUGUAUAUUAUUAAAUUCACAUCAUCAAAAUGGUAUUAUCAAUGGUGAUGAACAAAAUCAUACAAAAACUUUACCAUUACAACAUAUAAAUAAUAAUAAUAAUAAUCAUGAAUAUAAUUUAUUACAAAAUUCUAAUAUACAAUGGUCUGCAGAUUUACAAUCAUGUCCAGUACAUGGAAAUCAAACAUUAACACGUAAAAAUAAUAAUUCAUUGAUGAAAAAGCAUUCUGAUAAAAUUCCCGCUGAAUUAGAAAAUUAUAAAAUUCUUAAAACAAAGAAUCAUUUCAAUAAAACACAUGAUGAAUUGUUAAAUAAUCAAGUUGCAUCAAUUUCUUCAUGUUGUUCUUCUGUUUCUAGUGAUAUCAAUGACCAGGAGACAACGGUGAAUAAGCAUCAAUCAACUAGUAUUCAUAAUCAUCAAUACAGACCGUCGUUGUCAUCAAUGAAGACAACAGAACAAAUAAUUCCUACAACAACAACAACAACCACGACCACGGAUGAAACACAAUCAUCACAAGAUGAAAGUUCUGUUACAGAAAAAUCAUCAUCAAUACAUAGUGAUUGUGUUUCACAUAAUUCUUCAUCAUCAUCAUCAUCUACAAAUCAUUCAAUUGUAUCAGUGAAUCAACAUUUUAAAUAUAUGUAUCCAACAAAUCAAACAGGAUAUAAUUCAAUCUGUUCAUCAUUAUCAAAUCAAAUUAAUUUAGCCACUGGCGUUGCAAUGAAUCCUACUACUACUGAUCGAAUACAACAACAAUCUCCACCAUCAUUGGAAUUUUGUCCAUCACCAGAAUUGAAUAAUUCCACUAGUCAAUUACGUAGUCGGAAUGCUUAUAGUUUGUUGUUGAAUCAUUUAAAAUGUCCUGUACAUUCGUUAACAAUGAAUCGUCGUCGAUCGAUUACAAGUAAAUUAUUCUAUGAUGCGUAUAAUCAUCGUGAAAAUAUGCGUCAAUACUAUAAUCAUGAUCAUCAUAAUAAGAGUAGUAGUAGUAACAACAACAACAACAGCAACAGCAACAGCAUAGGUACACUUCGAGUGACCACUUUACCGACAAGAUUUAGAAAAGUCAAUUAUAAUUUUACUAAUAAUGAUAAUAAUAGUAAUAGUAAUAGUAGUGGUAGUAGUAGUGGUAGUGGUAAUCAUCAUAAUCAUAAUCAUAGUAAUAAUAUUCUGAACAAUUUAACUUCGAUUAGAAAAUUUGCUAGUCAACAUACUAUACAAUCUAAUGAUUAUUAUGCCUCUGCUUUAUGCUUAUCUCAUGCUCAAAGUUUCGAUAAUCCAUCUAAUCACAAUUCACGUACACCUACUCUUCUACGUCCCGGUUCUAAGCAUAAAUUAGAAGAUACCGAUAGUGAUUCAGACAAUAAUUAUAAUCAUAAUAAUGGUAACACAUUUGAUGAAAAUCAUUUUCAACUGUAA